AAGUUCUACCCCUCUGACAAUUGACUUUUAUAUAUAUAGAUAUGUAUAUAUAUUGUCUUCUUCUCUGUCUUACAAUUUGCUUGUGUUUGUAGUUUCAGUUUAUAUUAUUGUUUAGUUUCUUAGUCUGGUCUUGAAGUCUUCAAUGAAGAAAGUUGUCUUGAAAUUGGAUUUACAUGAUGACAAAGAGAAGAAGAAGGCCAUGAAAGCAGUUUCUGGUCUAUCAGGUUCUUAUAAUGUAAACCAUCUUUUUAUAUUCAUGUUAAUCAAAUACUAUAUGGUUUUAAUUGUGUUUGAAGGUAUUGAUUCGAUUUCCAUGGACAUGAAAGACAAGAAAAUGACAGUGAUCGGGGGUGUUGACCCUAUUAAAGUGGCGAGCAAGCUUAAAAAACAAUGGCACACACAGAUUUUAACAGUAGGACCUGCUAAAGAAGAGAAGAAAGAUGGUGGGAAGAAAGAUGAAGGUGGGAAGAAGGAUGAUGAUAGUAAAAAGAAAGAAAGUGAGCAAAUAGCUGAGCUUAUAAGAGCUUACAAUGCUUACAAUCAGCACAUGGCUAUGUAUUAUCGGUCUGAUGAAUAUCCCAAUUCCUGUAUUAUUUGCUGAAUUGGUAACUAAGGAGGGUGAAGAAAAGAAUCAAGCAAUUUCUGGAAAAGUUGGUUGGUGAGAUCGAUGUUGAGAAGCGGACGUGGCUUGAUCUGGUGAUCGCUGAUAUCAACGGUGAAGGAUGGGUCGGCUUGAUCUUGUUGCUCUUUAAUUCGGAUGGUUGAAUAAGAGGAAAGGAUUGUGGUGAUGAACAGGAAGCAGCUUUGGGUGUACAUGCGGUCGAUAGCAUGGUAGCAAAUUUGUCCUUGGAAUUGGUGUUGCUGGUUCGAAGUUCGGAGUCCACCAUUAAUGGACAUUGAUGAAGACCCAAGAACAAGGAAAUAAACAUUUAAUGGUGUAGUUAUCCUUCACUAGCAAUGGUGGCAUUAGGGAUAGCUUCCAUCUCUUUUUAUUCUUUUGUGAUAAAACCUUUCCUUAUCUCACGAGAUUAAAAAUUAAGUUUGACAAACAACACAAAGGAUCUCGCAAUUUAUACACAUAUUUCAGAUUCUUUAGGUUCAUUUGGAGUCAUUCAGCUCAACAAGAUUGACUUAUUGUUUGGAAGAGACUUAAAGCUCGUCUACUGGGAUACUGGUUAAAAUGUAAACACUCUAGUAACUUGUAUUUUUACUAGAAUAAUUAUUGUAAAUCAUAAAGGAUAAGAAUGUAUAGAAUUUAAAUCCCUUAAAAAUCUCAUAUUAUAGAUAGACACUAAUCUCAAUCAUUGAUGAAACACAAUCUGCACCAUUGGAUUUA